AUGCCAGUUGGUGAAAGGCCAAAGCCAGUUAGUAACCUUCCUCCUGACCUAGAAAUAGAAAAGUGGUUUAAUAAAAGCAAUAAUCAGGUUGAGUCAAAAAUGAAAAAUAUGGCAUGGAUAAUAGCACGUAUGUGCCAAACCUCUCAACAAAUGGUGCCAGCUUGGACUGCUUUUAAUGAGAAGAUUAGCUUAGUUAACUCACCCAUUACUACGCCUGGCAUGUUGCCUAUACUUCAGGCUCCUGCAGAUGAUAAUAAUACCAUGACAACCAUACUUAACCGCUUUACAUCAAUUGCUAAACAUCUUGGCCAGCCAAAUACUGUAAUAGCAGUAGAUCAACCUUUGUACAGUAGAGGCAAGGAAAUUAUUUGGGCCAACCCUGAAAAAUAUCAGAAUGUAGUUUUGGUUAUGGGCCAUUUGCACGUUCUCUUUAACUUUCUUAAAGCAAUAGGUCAACAUAUGGAAAAUUCAGGGCUUGCAGAUAUAUUGGUUGAGUCUGGUGUUUUUGCGCAAAAUACUACUGGUGCAAUGUUAGAAGGGAAGCAAUAUUAUCGAGCUGUAAGAGGUCAUCUAUUAACAUAUGAAGCUUUAAGUCGAAUUUAUUGGCAAUAUUUUACUUCUUGGUUAACAUCUAAUGAAAGGGAGGUUAAUUUAAAAUCAAUGACAGAUCAAAUAUUAAAGGCAUUCAGUCACAGAAAUUCUGAUGAUGAAGCAGUUAAAGCAGUAAAUUGUUUAGUCACUACUCUAAAGACGCAUGAUGUUUUAGGUAUGAUGGAUGAAUUUGAUAAUACACUGCAGCAUUUACCCAAUUUUGUUCUUUGGAGGUCAUACAUGAAGAAGGUUGAAACAUUGCUAGACUUUAUCAGGGCUAAUCGGGAGGGUAACUGGGCCCUUCACUUAGAUUCAUUUUCAGCAAUGCUUCCAUGGAUGACAAUCUAUGACCACACAAGUUAUGCUAGGUGGGGUGCUGUUCACUUGUGUGAAAUGAAAAACUUACAAAACACAGAUACACUAGUUUAUGAGGAGUUUCUGAAUGGAAACUUUGUAGUUAAGAGGAGUCAACUAAAAUUUAACCAGAUACCUCUCGACCAAGCUACUGAAUGGCAGAACAAAAUCUGCAAAAUAUCAAAUGGCAUUAUAGGAAUAACUAGGAAUGAUACUGCUAGGGACAAGUUCUGCAUUACAUGGGCAGAACGUUCAUAUGUUUCUCACUCUACUAGAGUGUUAUUUGGUGUAGAUGAUGAUGCAAAUGAUACAAUUUCUACCAGGAAGGACGCACAGCCAGGCAGAGUGAGUGUUGAUGAAAAUGCAGUCAGUGACUUGAAAGAACUCUUUUUAAGAUUUAAUGUAUUUAAGAUAAAUACAUUUGAUCCUCUUGAUGGCUACGUUGCCCUUGAAGAAAUUGCUGAAAAUGUAGAAAAUGAGGGGGAAAGGAUGGAUGUAGAUAUGCAUCAGUUAACUUCUCUGGCAACCAAUGAUGUUGCAACUGGUGAUAUACAACAUGAUAUGUUGACAGCACAGCAACGAGGGCAACAGAUGGUACUAGAGAACAUAGGUAAAUGGCUGUUAAGGAAGGAUAUGCCUUUUUUGAUCCAAUAAAAAAAAAACAAAUCAAAAACAUUUGCCACAUUGUAUGCUUCCUCUAUUAGCAUACAGAAUGAGAAAAAAGUCAUUAAGGCUGAUAGGAAAUUAUUACAACGUCUUCUAACAGUAUCCCUAGCAGGUCGUAACAUUGAUAUGCAUGAUAUUCUUAAACAUGAGCUUUCUAAUGUUCCUUUUUCUCUAGCAAAGGUAAAUGGCAUUGGCACUCUUAACUCAACAACUAAGUCAGAUUUGGUUAACAUUUUGAUGGAUGGGGAAACAAUCCCUCACACAAUUCCUGCACCAACCAUGCAUCAAAACACUUGUGUUUUAAUAGAUG